UCGAGAAUCUGUUGGCAAGGCGUGCGGUUCGUUCGGUUUUCCUUGCUCGCGUGCUUAGGAAGCAAAAGAAAAGCAGCAAGUCAGAAAAGCAAAAGCAGAGGAGCUGGGCCGCCACUUGGAGCGACAGUUCCAAAAAUCUGUCAAACUAUACACACGGCAUACACCUCUGUAUUAUAUAUGUAUAUACAACACGUUGAAUAGAUAGUGCCACAUUUUAUUUAUAAACCGCCUAUAUUUUUGGAUCAAACUUGAGGUGGCGAAAGCAAAAGUGUUCUAGGAAUUCGGUUUUGUGUCUAGUGUGAAAAUGCCUAUGGCGAAAUUGUGAAAUCCACGCGUGUCAAAGUCAAAGAAUUGAGGAGAUAUAAUAAGAUAUAAAUAAGAACUACAUAUAUCCCGCCAUAAUGCCGAGCUUCGGCAGUAAAUUCCUCGCCUGCCUGCUGCUCAGCUCGGCGAUCCUCGUGAGCGGCCAGUUCGAGCACUACCUGGAUAGUCUGCAACCCUCGGAGCUGUACGAGUUCGAGGAGGGAUCCCUGGGCAGCAUCCACUAUUUGCCCAAGGGCGACAACAAGACCUUCGAGCUGCAACUGGAGCAGCCCAUUCACUUCUACGGCGAGCAGUACGAUCAGCUCUAUAUCAACACCAAUGGCAUCCUUACUUUCAACUCAGAGUUCCCCGAGUACCUGAACCAGCCCUUUCCGCUGGACUACGCCUCAAUAGCGGCCUUCUACUCGAAUGUGGACACCUCGUACAGCGAUGAGGGCACCUCGAUCUCCCUGUUCGAGACCAAGGACCUGGACAUCCUCGACAGAGCCACCAGAUUGGUACGCUACGCCUUCAGUAGCCAGCCAGAGUUCGAGGCCCGCCGGGUGAUCGUGGCCACGUGGCUCAAGGUGGGAUACUUUGACUCCAAGACGGACCGUCUGAACACCUUCCAGGUGGCCCUGAUCGCCGACGAAGAGAAGACCUUUGUGCAGUUCAUCUAUCCGGAUGGCGGUCUUAACUGGCUGCAGGGCGAGACCGCUGGACUGGGUCUGCCCGAUAUACGUGCCCAGGCGGGAUUCGUGGCUGAGGAUGGACGCUACUACUCCCUGAACGGUUCGGGAUCGGAGAACGCCCGUUUCUUGAGCGAGAGCACCAACCUGGGUGUUCCCGGAGUCUGGCUGUUCGAAGUGGCCCCCAUUGCGCCCGAGCUGAAUGUGCGAACUCCCGACAACGCCGAGUCCCGCACGGAGUCACCCGCCUUGGCCCAGAGCUGCCAGGCCCACGGUCACCAGUGCCACGAGAGGGCGGAGUGCCACGACAAGGCCGAGGGAUACUGCUGCGUCUGCGGAUCAGGAUUCUAUGGCAAUGGCCAGUCCUGUCUGGCCAACGAUCAACCCAUCCGAGUGACGGGAACUCUGAGCGGAAAUCUCAACAACCAACCCGUCAACGAGGAGGCCAAGCUGCAGUCGUAUGUGGUGACCAGCGAGGGUCGCACCUACACCACCAUCAAUCCCCUGACCACCGAGCAGGGCGCCCAGCUCCGCCUGGUCCUUCCCCUGUUGACCACCGUGCCCUGGUUGUUCGCCAAGUCGGUGGGUGGGGUGGCCAAUGGCUACCAACUGACCGGAGGUGUCUACACACACGUUUCCCGUUUGCAAUUCGAUUCCGGGGAGAGUCUUCAUGUCAACCAGACGUUCGAGGGCCUCAACUACUGGGACCAGCUGUCCGUGAAGAUCGACAUCUAUGGAGAGGUUCCUGCAGUGGCGGCGGAAGAGGAACUAGUACUUUCAGACUACGUGGAGGAGUACACAUUCGAGAGGCCUGGGGAACUGAAGUCUGUGCAGGUGCUCAGUCUGAAUAUUACGAGGGAACAGCGUGUUUUGGGAAUUCAGGUGGAGCAAAGGAUUCUGUACCGCAGCUGCCUGCGGGAUGACGAGGCGGACCCCAGUGCCACCAAUGUGCUGCAGAAGGUCUCCAAGGUGGACCUGGACUAUGUUGAAAGAGACGAAGCUCUGCGCAUUGGCGCCAUGAGCAAGGUGGGCGUGACCCCCGAGUCAAAUGCCUGCAACGAUGGCACCGCUGACUGUGUGGACAACUCCGUGUGCGUUCCAAUUGACGACACCUUCCGGUGCGACUGCUACCACGGAUUUGCCGCCCAGGUGGACGAGAACGGCCUGGAGGUCUGUCUGGACAUCGACGAGUGUGCAUCGGGCCGCCAUGUCUGCGACGAGAAUGCCAUCUGCGCCAAUACGGAGGGCGGAUUCAACUGCUACUGCACCGAGGGCUUCGAGGGCAACGGCUACCGUUGUCUGUCCAACAGCACCGCCGACAACAUCGAGUAUCCGCCCGCCGCCGAGGGCCAAGGUGAAGCUAACUCCGAGUCAAACCCCAAUCCCAACCAAUAUCCCGAAGAGACGGAGGGACAGGAUCAGGAGCGAGAACAGCGGGCCAAGGAACAGGCAGAGGAAGAAGAACGGGAACGCCAACGACAAUGGGAGCAGGAGCAGGAGCGGGAACGGGAGCAGUAUCCCCAGCCGGACCCCAAUUCAAACCCUGAGGAGCAGGUGCCCCAACACCAGGACGAAUGCUACCGUUGUUCGAAGGACGCCGACUGCUACGUAGGACGCUGCACAUGCCACGAAGGAUUCCAGGGCGAUGGCUACGAAUGCUCUAACAUUUGUGGACACGAGGAAGUCUGGGAGAACGGUCGUUGCGAACCCUUGUUGCUCGAGAGGCACGAUGUGUAUCCCUCCUGCGAUGCUUUUGGAGCAUGCCAAUGCCCCUAUGGAUACGAACUCACCGAGGAUGGUGACCACUGCACCUACUCCGAAGAAAAUGAUCCGGAGAGGAACUCCGAUCUGAUUCCCUGCGAUGUGGAUAGAAAUUGUCAUGUCAACGCCACAUGCAAUUGGUUUGGCCAAGAGCUCCGACACAUUUGCACCUGCCAACCGGGAUUCCGAGGAGAUGGAUACAACUGCGAGUCAAUCAGCGACGACUCCUGUGAAAUUAGACCUGAGAUGUGCGACAUCCAUGCCGACUGCGUUGCUAACGAGGAACUGGGCAAACCCGAGUGCCAGUGCCAGGCGGGCUACGAAGGCGAUGGGUUCCGCUGCCAGUUGGCCCCCGAGUGCCAGUUCGCCGAGCACUGUGGUGAGAAUGCCCUCUGCGACAAUGGGGUUUGUCGCUGCCAAAGGGACUUCGAGCGGGACGUCAACGAUCGCUGUGUGCCGGCUGGGAAAUGCGGCAUCGUCUUCUGCGGUGCGAACUCCAUCUGCAAGUGGGAUUCGGCGCAGGGCGUCCAGUACUGCGACUGCUUGGAGGGAUACCAGGGCGACCCUCUCACAGGAUGCACCAGCAAGCCCCUAUCCUGCCACGUCGUGAACAACUGCGGCAUCCACGCCACCUGCGAGCCCACAGAGGAUCCUGAGAACUUUGAGUGCCAGUGCAUUGCUGGAUACCAUGGCGAUGGAUACGUGUGCAUUGAGGAGCAGAACUGCCUGAACAACCCGACUUUGUGCGACAUGAAUGCCCAGUGCCGUUCGACCAAUUCGGGACUCGUCUGCGUUUGCAAUCAGGGCUUCUAUGGCAAUGGAUCCUUGUGCCAGGAGCGUCAGCAGCAAGACUCGGACUUCCUGAUUGUCAGCCAGGGCGUGAUGAUCGCCCGCGUUCCCCUCAAUGGACGUAAUGUGCGUCCCAUUUCGGUGGCCCAAAUGGCCAUUGGUCUGGACAAGGAUUGUGUGGAGGGUCGAGUCUACUGGGGCGAUAUUUCGACUAAGAAGAUCGUAAGCGCGAAAUACGAUGGCACAGAUCUUCGCACCUUUAUCGACACAGAUAUUGAAUCUCCCGAGGGUAUUGCCAUCGAUGUGAUCUCGCGUCGUCUUUACUGGGCGGAUUCCUCGAAGGACACCAUUGAGGUGGCCAGCCUGGAGGAUCCUUCGUUGCGGGCUGUUAUCAUCAAUAAGCAGCUGGUGAACCCACGUGGCAUAGCCGUGGAUGCCAACAGGGCGAAACUUUACUGGUCGGAUUGGAACCGCGAAUCGCCCAAGAUCGAGAUGUCCAACUUGGACGGAACUGGUCGCGAGCUUCUCCUGGGCAAUGAUGCCGUAACCCUGCCCAAUUCCCUGGUAGUGCUCGAUGAUUCUGGUGAGGUGUGCUACGCGGAUGCGGGUACCAAGAAGGUGGAGUGCAUCGAGCCGCAGUCCCGCCAGAUCCGCACCAUCUCCAAUGAGCUGUCCUAUCCCUUCGGCAUCACCUACACAAACGAUCGGUUCUACUGGACGGACUGGACCACCAAAAAAGUGGAGAUCGUUGACAGCCUAGGAUCGCGGCAGAAGCCCAUCCAGCCGCCCUUCUUUGGCAGUCACAAGAUGUACGGCAUGACGGUCGUUGAGCAGCACUGUCCGCAGUACCAGAGUGCCUGCCAGAUCAACAACGGCGGAUGCACGGACUCCCGGCUCUGCCUGGUGAACCGACAGGCUCCGUCCGGCAAGAGCUGCAAGUGCACCAGUGCCUCCACCGGAUGCACCAUCCCAGCGCCCGGUUACUAAGUCUACGCUUAAUGCAAACUGAAAUUAUUUUUCGAUACGUAUACACAUCACAUCACAACACACAAUGCAAGUUAACCAAAGCGCGGAACGGUAUCGAAAUAAACUAAACUUAAUUUAAUUAACUAACUAGGAGUGCCUGUGUGCCAUUUCAAAGAAGAAUAAAUAAUACCGAAGAAUAAUUAAUAAAGAGAAACAAGCCUUAA